CGUAAAUAGCGUCGCAGAGUUUGGAUCCUAGCGACCGUCCGUAUUAACUGUCCGGUGUUGUGGCAGAAGCUGGCACUUUACUUUCCCCCAGUGUACUGAGCGCGCAAGGAGAAAAUGUCUGUCAGAGUCAAAAGGGCAAGAGGUCCACUACAAAAUGCCCUGAGGGUGACUGAUGAUCUAAAGAGACAGUUUGAUGAUUUACUCCGUGAGACAUUAGAGAAGGAUGUUUUGGAGCCUGCUGUCAAGAAAGAAUUUUACCAAAGAUGUGUUCAAUUAAAGAACUUGGUUGACAAAAACAAGGAAGCUCUUCAGAAGCUGAAAAAAUCCGAUGAACCGGCACCCGUGGGUAGCUACGAGCAGCAGAAAGAAGAGGAAGAGGGGCGUUUGUUAAAGCUGUCUGAUCAGCUCCAGAAGCUUACCCUAACAUUGGCACAGGGAGACGAAGAGGUCAGGGAUCAAACAUCUAGAAAUCACUCAAGAGCCAGUGAUGAUGAUGAUGAUGAAGAUGAAGAGGAAAGUGAAGAAGAACAGGAGGAAGAGGAGGAAGGCGAAGAGAGUGACCAGGAAGAAGAGGACGACACAGAAUUUGAUGCAACCAUUAGAGAAUUCAUCACCCUGGGAGAUUUCCAAGCCCAACAGAAAGAUGAUUUAACAUUUCAAAAAGGUGAAGUUCUGCAGAUUCUGGAUAAGAAGCCCGAUGGCUGGUGGCUGGCUCAGGACUCCCAGGGUAAUAAAGGCCUUGUACCUAAAACUUACCUACAGGCAUACAACAAAGGUGAGCAAAGUCACGAACCUAGUGAGGAAGAAAGCGAAGAAGAGGAGGAGGAGGAAGCAGCAGAUAAAAAAGAUGUCAGUCGGGAGAGACCUGCUGAAGAUACGGUUUCUCAAACAAGCUCCGCUAAGAAGACACAAGAGAUGAGUACAACAGAUGCUUUAACCAUGAUGGGAGCAAUACCUCCUGGGUUCCGCUCGUCAACUCUGGCACAGCUUUUAGAGCAAGGUGAUCAAUUAAGAGCUAAUAUGUUCCUCCAACCAGAACUCACCCCUUCUCAGCUGGCAUUUAAGGAUCUAUUAUGGGACCAGGAGAGAGAUGGUAUUCAAGCACUGCCUGCCCGGGUCUCUUGUAUUUUGACUUUGUGGAGCUGUAAAAUGAUACCUUUGCCUGCAGCUAGCAUUCAGAUACUAAGCAGGCAUGUGAGACUUUGCCUGUUUGAUGGCAAUAAGGUUUUAAGCAACAUCCAUACUGUCAGAGCAACAUGGCUACCCAAAAAUUCAAAAACAUGGACUUUUUCUCCACGGGUGACUGGUAUCCUACCCAGCUUGCUAGAUGGUGAUUGCUUUGUCAGGUCUGGGAGUCAGUCUGCUGAGAUUGGAAUCUUAUUUGAACUAGGAGUUACCUAUAUCCGUAAUUCAACGGGUGAAAGGGGAGAGCUGAGCUGUGGUUGGACAUUUUUAAAACUAUUUGAUGUCAGUGGAGUUCCGAUGCCUCCAAAGACAUACGAACUCCCAUUGAAUGGAGGUACGCCUUAUGAACGUGGUGUUGAAGUGGAUCCCUCUAUCUCAAGGCGAGCCAACAGUGGAGUCUUUCAUCAGAUGAUAACCCAGAGAAGACAACCUCGUCUUCUAGUGAAACUUAGAUCCUCUAACACAAGACGAAGGGAAUUGUUGAACUUUCUUCCAGAAACAAUGGUUGGCAGCAUGUGCUACAUUCCAUUGUUAGUGCUCUACCGGCAGAUCCUCGGCGAUGUGCUUUUGAAAGAAAGAGUAAGCAUGCAGAACACGGAUCUGAUUUGUAACCCUGUUUUGGCCACAUUUCCUCAAGUAAUUGAGCAGACUGAUAUCAUGGAUGCUCUGAGGAGUGGAUGGGCUGAAAAACAGAACUCUAUGAAGAGAUCAGAGAAGAGGGACAAAGAGUUUGUAAAGAAUGCUUUUAUCCAUGUUUAUCAUGACACAGCAUACCCUCUUCUACAAUCAACUGUUCUGCAGGGAUCAAAGUGGACUGAUGAUGAGGUAGAAGCCUCACGCUGGAAAGUGAUUGCUGAUUUCCUAAAACAAAACCGAGAGAAAGAUGGAUCUCUCCACUUCCUGCUGUCUCCUGACAACAUUCACAAGCCUUUUGACAUCUCAGAAGUAACAUAUGAUUUUAUUGAUGCAGCCAGGAAACCGUUGCUUUCAUUAUGACAGUCGCAAAACAUACUACAAUAGCCAAUACACUGUGAUUUUACUAGAUGUUGCUAUUGGUAUUGUACAAUUACACAGGAAUCACUUUACAGAAAACAAAUAUGCCAGCUAUGUUUGUGCAAUUUGUAUAAUUAUUACAUGGCAAUGUUUGUAUUACUGCUUUUUAAAACAUGUUGCUAUAUAUAUACAUUUUGUUUGUUUUUUUCCAAGUAUUGCUUAUAUGAUUAUUUAUGCACCUUUCUAUAAAAUAUCAGUGUAAUAUUGUUACAGUUUGAAUGUGAUAUUUGCUUCAUCUUAUUCCUUAACUUCUGUUCCUGAUGACCUUAAAGUUAAACUCAAAUUUGCGAAGCUGGAAUGAUCAUUCCAUCAAGAAAUAGAGCUAAUUUUACGGAGCAAAAAGAAUACUACUUCUAAAAUAUAUAUUGAAAAAAAUGCAAAGAAUACUAUUUCAAGCCCGACUGAUGGAUGGGGCUUUUCUAUAGAUUAAGGAAGGAGUAAUAUCCGCUAUAUAUAAAGUAGACAUGGUGGUCCUUAUCUCUGUUCAAGACUACAAAAUAG